GAGGUAGUGCUCAUGUUUCUAAAUCAAGCAUACGACUCUUACGUGUCCAGCCCAGCAAAGCGAGAAAGAUGCUGAAUUCUGUCGUAGUCUCUCUGUCUCUCUCUCUAUCUCUCUCUCUCUUACUAGCAGGAUCGUCGGUGGCCGGCCCCAUUACGAGGAUGAGGUCCCAGGAAUGCGGGUCGAGUUGGGCUUCCAAGUUUUUUCAUGUAUUUAACGUGCCAGUUGUACCUCGCCCUUGUGUCCCCGAGCCUCAACGGUUCACAAUAUCUUGUCUCUCCACAAAGUUCUGUGCAUCGUCUUUCACUUUGCAAAACGACAUCGAAACAAGCUACGACAACACCAUGACUGCCUCCUCGCCCCUCCCCCGAGCCCUGCUGCUAGUGGCCGUGUUGGUCACGGCAGCAGCCAACGGCAACCCGAUCGAUAUGGCGGCAGCAUCCCCCAGAGGAGACACAGAAAUCACGCCCUGUGCCACGUUCAAGUGCACCAGAGACACCGUCUGCAAGGUGGUGGACGGCCAAUACGCCCAGUGCGUCCCCAUCAUCAUCACCGCGGGUGUCCCGUGCGGCAACAACACGGUGUGCGAGGCCGGGGAGUCCUGCUGCAACCCGUCGUGCGGCCUCUGCGUCAAGCCCGGCAUGGCCUGCACGGCGCAUAUCUGUCCGCCCGGCCCCAGCAUUCCAGUCACGCCCCCCGAUGACGACAACAACAACAACAACAACAACAACAAUGGCACAACAACAACACCACCAACCCAGUGCGGUUCGACCCAAUGCAAGCCCGGUCUCGAGUGCUGCAACCCGAGCUGCGGUAUCUGCGUGGAACCGGGUAAGGGGUGCACGAAACAGCUCUGCCCUCCGAAAAAGGGGGAACCGUGUGGCAAGACUGUCUGCCAGGCUGGCCUCAUCUGCUGCAACGCGAGUUGCGGCGUGUGUACCGCCCCUGGGAUGGCUUGUACGCAGCACGCCUGUGAAGAUUAACUACUAGUACCUAGGUACCCAGGGAAUCAAGGAGGUUGCAUACUAGUACUACAAGAAGAUAUGUGAUAGUGACACAGCGAAAGGUGGUAGGAAUAGCUCUCGUAUGUAUUAUGU